CCAACUUGCCAAAUGCAUAAUUCUUUUUUAAAAUUAGACAUAUUUAUUCUUCCUUAAUUUUCUAAAAAAUAGAAAGGUACCCAUAUUAAUUUGUACUUACAAUUUUGCCGAACGCAAUUUAGAGGAAUUCAAAAGAGUAGACCAACAGGAACGUUUUCUCAAGGCAGAUAAAGAUUGUUUUGGUGAGUUUAUAAAAGGUGAAUAUAAUAAGGCCAAAGUAUUUCUUAAAAAAGCAUCUAAAAAUAGCCUCUCAGAUUCAAUUGAUUCCCUAUUCUUCAUAAUUGCUCUACUGGAGGUACAAGAAACAUUUCUUUUUUUUCUCUAUCUUAGACUCUUUGGUUUCCACUUUGAAGUUUGCAUGAGUUUUUUACGGCAAACAAUACGAAGCUUUGUAACGUCCUCAAAAGUCACCACUACUAUGCCAAAUAUAGUAAAGGAAAGAUUGACUACACCUGUUCGGCCACCUGUGUUCAAUAAUAAAACUUUUUAUAAAAGAACACUUCCGUCUCAGUGCUUGGCGUUUGACUCACAUGAGGGUAAACAGGUUUUCUUGAGAGCACUUCAAGAAGGUCAUAUGGAAAAUUACUUUUCUUUGGCCCAGCAAAUGGUUACUCAGAAUGAACCAGCCUUUUGCGGACUAGGUACUUUAUGUAUGAUCCUUAACUCACUAAAGGUAGACCCGGGUCGCUUAUGGAAGGGGUCUUGGCGUUGGUAUGAUCAAAACAUGCUAGAUUGUUGUCGUUCACUAACGGACAUUGAACGAGACGGAGUUACUCUUGAAGAGUUUUCAUGUUUAGCAAACUGCAAUGGCUUGCAAACUGUGACGAAAUGUGUGAAAGACGUUUCCUUUGAAGAGUUCACCAGAGACCUUAUCACCUGUUCUACACAAGAGGACAAGAUCAUGGCAAUUUCUUUCUGCCGUAAAGUUCUAGGACAAACUGGAGAUGGCCAUUUCAGUCCUGUUGGAGGGUUUAGUGAAAAAGACAGCAAAAUUCUGAUUUUAGACGUUGCCAGAUUCAAAUAUCCCAGCUAUUGGGUAGAUUUGGAAAUGAUGUACAAAAGUAUGUUUCCUCUAGAUGCUACGAACCAUCAGCCAAGGGGAUAUGUGAUAUUGGAACCUAUGCAGCAUCCAGUAGGCGUGUUUACGGUUGGUCUAAAUAAGUACAGCUGGAAAAACGUUUCGAACCACCUUUAUCAUGGAAUUGAUGCUGCAAAAUCCGUACAGGAUCUAAUUUCUCGCUUAGAUUCUUUAAAUCAAUCAUCCAUACCGCUCAUACAGCAUCGAUCCAACAGUUCCUUGUCUGCUGAGUUUCAGCAUUUCUGUGAUGUCCUUGAAAAUACAGAAACCUAUAAAUUAGUCUCCAAGAUUACACAUUCAGAUGCAAAGUAUUUAACUCUGGCUUUUUGGUCUAUUUUUUCUCUUUCCGUCUUUCAAAAGCACUGCAAUCCUUCCCUCUUAAAUCAACUCAUUCCAUACUUGAAGGAAAUCGACAUCAACGAGAUUCAAACACAGAUAUAUGUAUUAAAAGAACAGCUAGAAAGUCUUACGCAUUGUUGUAAAGCCGACAAGCCUUGUUCGGCUUCCGACUGUUGUAAGAGUUUGUAAUACCCUUUUUUCUCUUUUUUUUUUGUUCUAGAGUUUAGC